UGAUGACCUCUUCUUCCAUGAUCAUGUACAGCAAGUGCCACUAUUUCGACCGAUCAACCACAUUCCUGAACCUCGAGGCUCGUGGUAACGAGAAAAUGAUAUUCCGGAGUCUUGGAAAUUCGUAGUGUCCUUGGGAUGUGGAGUGCAGGGGAAGAGAAGUCACAAUAGAAGUAAGUAUUGGGUAUGAACAUGACUACGAGAACAAGACACGACUUGAAGCCAAUACGGAUGAUCCACAUCUAUUCCAACCUUACGGCCUUCACCUCUUCGACUAUAUUGUAUCACGGUCGUCAGCAUCGGGAGUAACACGAACACCACAGCAAAUCACAUUCCACAUACUUACCCCGCCCAUCCUCAACUCAAAGAUUCACCUCAUACACCGUACCCCUCGGCCGCCUGCGGAAAACUUCCAAGCCCACUCGGCGCACGGCAUCAACAAAAGCACAAGAACCGUACGCUGCUACUGGUUUUUGGGAUUUGUCCAUGUAUCCAGCUUCAGUCAACAGCUGGCUCUUCCACAGAACCAUGGUGGACAAGUACCUCAAAAAUCGCCUAUUUCGACCAUUUACUAAGGGAUGGGAAAAUGGUUCAGACCUAUGUUGUACCGCCCUGCGUACUGAUAGAAAGCUGCUGCGGAGAUACGUCGUACAUUCUGAGAAAAGUUUGGGUCUGUAGCGGAGAUGUCCCGGAAGGUUCGGAUCGCAACAACUAUUCUUUUUGAAACCAACAUCGCCCCCUUUCACCCCUCUGAUUACAUGAAACCGGGCUACACUCUCCCUUGUUGCCUAUUUGGCUGGUCGAAGUAAUCGCGUAUCGUCAGCAAGCGUUUGUUCAGAUCUGCUUCCAUUCGUUAUGAAGGUUCAGGUCGUGCUCCAGUAGAUGAGCCAUAACGCAUAAUCUACUGCGAUUCGUUGACACACGGGCUCACAAUACCGAUCGAAAUCACGAGAGAUUGUGGAAGCAACGGCUAUUAUGUACUCGAGUUCAAAUUAAUCAACCGUCUUUCGGGCAAUAUCGGAAACGGUUAACUCGGAUGUUGAAGAUCCUCCUGGAUGACUCGCAAUCCCGAUUCAAACGAUGGGCCCUUCUUUGAAUCCUAGAGCAAUGCUGUGUACUCGAGUCACUUCAACUGCGAAGAUCCCGCUGGAGAGUAGCCAUAAUUAUCCGCCAAGGGUUGAUACAAAAACGGGCACUUGUGGUACACCUAUAUUCGCAGAUCUAACUCUACUUUCAGAAAUAUGGGCCCUUCUGUUUUAAUUGUCGGUUCAGGGCCGGCAGGUCUCGUAUUAGCCUUGACACUGCUCCGAAAUGGCGUUCCUGUAAGGAUCAUCGAAAAGAAUGACGCCCCUUUUGUCGGGCAACGGGGAGCAGGUUUAAUGCCGCGAACUCUAGAAAUGUACAAAUUCCUUCAAAUUCUUCCUCAAGUUGAGGCCAAGUGCACCACGAUACUAGGCUUCCGUAUGUACACAUCUCCCGAAGGCGACAAACCAGUCAAGGAAAUUCCCCUUGUUGAGGAGUUAGAGGGGAAGUCUCAAUAUUAUCGUAUCAACGCCACCUCUUUUGGACAAGAUGAACAUCAAGCGUUCCUAAUCGAGCUCAUAGAGAAGGAAUACCCUGGAACUCGUGUUGAAUUUUCAACUGAGCUCACCACGUUUGAGCAGCACGGGGAUGAUGUGGUAGCGCACCUCUACAAGAGCAAGAGUGACGAGACCGAGGUCACCAAUUUCGACUUCGUCGUAGGAGCUGACGGAGCGCAUAGCACAGUGCGCAAGAAGCUUGGUCUGACAUUCCUGGGGGAAACUUAUUCUGAAAACGAGCUGGCUAUCGGGGAUAUCGAGAUCACGAAGGGCUACGAUCCUUCUCAUUCGAAAUCUUGGGGUUCUAUGGGUGAUAAGAUGCUGGCUCUACGUCCGUAUGAGAGGAAUGGCAAAGAUUUUGGAUGGUUCGCACUCGGGGGUGUGAAUGUCGACAUUCAAAAGGCAGCGAGCGAUCGUGGUCAUCUUGUUCAAGUGUUCUACGACAUCAUUGGGAAGAAGAACAUCCAGUUUGGAGAGUUGAAGGCGUCGGCUGCCUGGCGAGCCAACGUACGUAUGGCAGACAAGUUUGGUGAGGGCCGGGUUUUCGUCACUGGAGAUGCUGGCCAUGUACAUAGUCCGACCGGUGGACAAGGCCUUAAUUCUGGUAUUCAAGAUUCGGUUAACCUCGGAUGGAAACUCGCUCUGGUUCAGAAAGGUCUCGCUCCGAUGAACCUGCUUGAUACUUACACGACAGAGCGAAUCCCAGUUAUCGCUUCGAUGCUCAACAAGACUACGGAUAUCAUGCACAAGACGUUUAACAAAACUCGGAAUGCUGUGGGAGAGCUAGGUUGGGUUCGUGGAUGGGAGAUCCGACAACUUGGGAUUAAUUAUCGCGGAAGUCCGAUUCUUGUCGAUGAACGAUACACGGAUUCAGAUGAACCUGUUGAUCCGUAUCGUUCAGGGCUAGAUGAGACUGCGCAUGCUGGUGAUAGGGCACCGAAUGCGCCGGGCUUGGUUGUACCGGGGAAGGAGGGGAAGAUUGAUUUGUUUGAUGUUCUGGAUGUGGUUUCUCAUACCGUCAUCGUCUUCGAGCCGGAGCCGUCGCCUUCGUUGGUAUCCAGGCUCAAAGAGGAGGUUGAUGGCUUGGUGGAUUCGUACCCGCGAGGAUCCGUCAAGAGUGUCGCUAUCUACCCGCAGUGUGCUGAACUUUUGUCCCUUGCCGAGGAUGGUUCGGUGCUCGUAGAUGGCGAGGGUUACGCUCACGAGCACUACAAGGUUAAGCGGGAUGAAGCGAUCGUUGUUGUCGUCAGACCGGAUGGGUAUAUUGGAGCCGUGGUACGGGGUAGCUCCGGUGUGAAGGAAUACUUUACGCGGAUUUUCGUUAAUUAAUAAUUUACUUUUUUUUCUUGCAUCUGCCAGAGAAUAUCGGACCCCAUAUCACACAGAUUUAUGUAUAUAAUUUACUCACCUGGAUCCGUAUAAUAUUUAACGGAAUACUUUUCGCGGGAUUGCUG